AUGGAGCUGACGUUCAAGGGGCGCUUCAUGAUAUGGACCCCAGCGUCCCUGUCUUCUUUUACAGCCCUGUCUUUUCUAACUUACUCCCAGCUCACUUCCUACCCCAGGCAUUCUGCAGCCAGAUUUGCACCAAGAAGUGUCUCAGACUCGUCAAGAUGGAGAAAACAGUCCUCUCCCCUGAUAUCCCUCCAAAGUCCCCGCUGCCCCACUCCAAGACCUAGGGCGCCCCUGGAAAUUGAGCAUCCCUCCUCCCCCUGCCUCUGUCUAAAGGCAGCCCCUCCCUGCGCUCGGGAUUGUGAGCUAAGAGUCUGGGGUGAGCAUCCGCCACAAGCAAGCAGCGGACUCUCGGCCAGCCUGUGCAUCUCCAUCCUCCAUGUCCUCUCGGGUGGUCCCGGCAUAGACUCACGCCUGGGCACCCCUCGGGAUAACCCAGAUGGGGAUUCUGGGUCCUCAGAAGGCGGGAUCUGGGGAGACCUCAUGCUGGGCACAGGGGACCCCGGUCUGCACUCAAAUUGUGUCCCCUAUAGCAAAAAAGGAAGACAAGCAAAGUGCACCAGUUUUUCCUUGAGCCAUGAUCACCGCCACUGCCAGAUGAAUGAACUGUCCUGGAAGGAUGUUACCAAUGCCUUAUCCGUGGCCAACAUGGUCCUAGGGAUCUUCUCCAUCUUUUGUAGCUUCAGCAGGAAAUCCCACUGUGCUUCCUGGAUGCUUCUGAUCAGCUUCCUGUUGGACAUGGCAGUAGGGACCAUGACCAGACACCUCCACAUCUGCUGCAAACCAGGAACUGAGCUGAAUGACUUUGCUGGCUUCACCACCUUCGGCCUGGCCUCGGCCCUGCUCCUUGGUGUAGAUGGGCCUCUGAAUGGGUUCCUGGCCAUCCUCUAUGUGCUCACCACUUCCUUCCGCCUGUGUUUUUAUUCAUCUGGAGUUUCCUUUUCAUACAAGGGUCUACCCUGCCCCUACGCCUCCUGUGUGUUGGCUUCCACCUCCCUUCUGACCAAGGGCAACACAUUCAUUCUCUGCUGCAUGGCCUCACUCAUGAUUCUGUUCAUGAUCGACCAGAGCUACUACCCACACGACAAAGUCCUAGAGUCUGAGACCUGGAAAAAAAUUGUUUAUAUAGGAGGUGUCAUCAUGCUGUUUUUCUUUCCAUUCUCUGUCACUGCUUUUUAUUGCCUGAUGUGGUCGCUCUCCUACAUCUUCUUCCCGGAUACCCUGUGGGGCAAAGUGGCCUGUCAUAGGCUCUAG